AUGGAGAGACGCUCUGCACCCACGUGGAAUUUGCCCACACCCGAUGUAAAGGCUGAUUUGCCCCCUCUGAAGCUUUAUAAUAGUCUUACGAACAGCAAAAUGAUGGACGAGAAAUCGAAGUCGCACCCAGAAAUGGACCAACGCGUGUUUCUCAAACGGGAAGCAGAACGCCUUCGUAUGCUGCUUACAGCCCGCACCUCCGUUACCAGUUUGCUCACCGGCGCCCAGGAUGCGCUGGCUGCCUACUUGGAUUCCAAACAUGGCUCGUCUAUUUGUGAUUACAAGAUUUUCGAAUCUCUCCCACGUCGUAUGGAGCAAGAAUUUCACAGCGACAUGCGAGCUCUGAAUGUUCUCGAUGCUGACAAAUUGACUCGCGUUAGUGAGUAUAUUGGACCGAUCGUUGCCUAUAUUCAGACAAUCAUCGACAAUGGGUUUGCGUAUGUUGUUGAGUCCGGCUCGGUAUACUUCAACACAAAAAAGUUUGCUAACACCGAGGGUCAUUUCUACGCGAAGCUGGUACCGACGGCUUAUGGCGAUGUUGCAAAGCUUGCAUCAGGGGAAGGUGAUCUCUCAGCGGCCGAGACGGAGAAACAGACCUUCAGUGAUUUCGCCCUCUGGAAAGCUUCCAAGCCCGGUGAGCCCUCGUGGCCCUCGCCAUGGGGACAAGGACGUCCUGGCUGGCAUAUUGAGUGCUCUGUCAUGGCUAGUGAUGCGUUCGGGGAGUCUCUGGACAUUCACACCGGCGGUGUUGACUUGAAGUUCCCCCAUCAUGACAACGAACUAGCACAGGCUGAGGCUUUCUUUGGCCAUUCUCAUUGGGUGAAUUAUUUCCUUCACGCCGGCCACUUGACCAUCAGCGGAUGCAAAAUGUCUAAGUCACUGAAGAACUUCAUCACAAUUCAGGAUGCCUUGAAGCAGUACUCAGCUCGUGAACUUCGCUUCGCCUUUCUUCUCCACAGUUGGCGGGACACCCUGGACUAUGGCGCUGAGACAAUGAAUCAGGCUUCGGCCUUCAACAAAACUGUCAGCGACUUUCUUUUCAACGUCUCACACACCCUGCGACUGCUCUCUUCUGCUAAACCAGACACCAAUGAUGAACUCCCAGAAGCCCUCAAUCUUUCCGAAGCCCUUGCCGUUGCCGAGAGAGAAGUUUUUGAGGCACUUUGUGACUCAAUUGACACGCGCCGAGCAAUGUCAGCCAUCCGGGAGUUGAUCAACGCCUCAAACCAGGCCGAGUGCUCCCAGCCCCUCGCCUCGAGCUCGCCGCACUUAAUUCCGCGAGCGCACCAGUCCUACGCAAUUGCUGCAUUCAUCCUCCGCCUGCUGGGAGUGUUUGGUGCCGCUGAUGGCACGGGUGUCGCAAAGGCCUGGACAACCGUCGGCAGGGGAGGUGGUGGACCUCCGCCGAUCACGGUAGAUCAAGUUGUUAAGGCUGCCAGCAAACCUGUUUGGGUUUCCAUGGACGCACCAAAGGUGGAGGUUCUCGCAGCAGCCCUUCAUGGUGCCUUGUUAGCGUGCAAUCAGUUUAUAAGCGAUUUGCAGGACGCGGCGGCAAACGCCAAUGAAGUGGAUGCUAUUGUGAGAAACUUCGAAGCCUAUUUGAGGAAGGAAUUCAACCUGGAUUUAACUAGCCUGCCCAACGAUGCCUUAGCGGUUUUCAACUGCGCCCUAAAACACACCGUUAGGGAGGAGAGUCGGCUGAAAGAGCUCAUAAAUGGUCACCCCUCAGCGUUGGAGGAGGACGCGUGGCCGGUGGUGGCCCGCUUGCUCUACGCCGCAGCCGACUUGCGCCAGUCCGUCCGCGUCUACGCCAAGUCUCCAGCGGCCAAGUCAGCUGGGCUGAGUGCCAAGUUGUUGGUCGCCUGUGAUAGGCUUCGUGACAACUACUUCCCCGCGUGUGGCGUUCGCUUACAGGACAGGACCGACUUGGCCACUGACAAGGCAGAUCUUCCCGCUGUUGGUCUUGUUGAUGCAAAACUGCUGGCUUCUGAGAAACGCGAAAAAGCCGAGAAGGAAGCAGAAAAAGCAGCUUUAAAAGCGCAGCGAGCACAAAUCAAGGAAGACACCGCUAGACUGCCCCCAUCCGAAAUGUUCCGCAGCCAGACCGACAAAUACUCCGCCUUUGACGACAAGGGCAUGCCAACACAUGACAGCGCCGGAAAGGAAAUCACAAAGACCCAACUGAAGAAACUACAGAAGCUUUAUGACGCUCAGGCGAAACGUCACGAAGCCUAUCUUGCCAAUCAUGGCUCUUGA